CCUGCAUCCCGCACCCAAAGAAGUCACGCCUGAACCACACCGCCACCCCCAAAGCAACCUGGAUUGACUGGGCCAAUCGUGCCAAUCCCCCGCUAAAAGGGCUUUGGUGUUCCUUGAAUGUCUCGCGGUACGUUCCCCGAGUCGACGAGCUAAAGAAAAGAAAAACCAAUCCCCUCUCAAGCUUUGGCUCCCGAUAUAUCACGCCCCCCUUCUACAUACUUCUUCCUCCUGCGUAUGCCCCGCACUUCUUUUUUCCACUUUCCCUCCUUCCCUCUACCUUGACGACGGAAUGUCCUCCUCCACGGAUUCGGUCCUGACGGACCUUAAUCUGCUUCUUCCGCCGGACCUGGACGAUAUCGACGCCGCCAUUACAGAUGAUAGCACUUUCGAUGCCCUCGCGCCGUUCACGGACACGCUGUUUUAUGAUUGGGACCUGGGCCGGUUUCUGGACGUGGAGAGAUGCAACAUCGAGACGUAUCCCGAACAGCAUCGACCACUCGAGAGCAGCAAUGACUCGACGGUGGAGGGCCUGGGAAUCGAUGGCGGUGAUGGUGCUGGUUUCUAUGCGGGAGCUACCGCCACCACCACCACCACCACUACCAUUUCCUCCUCAUUACUUACGCAGUCACUCUCUGCUCUGGGAUACGACUUCCUGAACUUUAAAUUCCCGGACGACCAGCAGCAAGGAGCAGCAGGAGGAGGAAUUCAACAUUCUCAGUCAGCACGUCCACUUCUCCAGGCUGCCGCUAUAGGAGCUACUUCCGCCGCCGCCGCAGUUCAACCGUCAAUAGAUGCGACCAUCUCCCCGCAAUCCACAUCCAUGAUGCAGUCACCCACCAGCAGCACGUACGCCACCUCCUCAUCUUCACAAUCCCCGCCGGCCACGAUCCUAUCCACCUCCGACGCCCACAUCCUGUCAAUCCAGGAAGCGGCGCGCUGCGCAGCUGAAGAAGACAAACGUCGCCGGAAUACGGCGGCCUCGGCCCGCUUCAGGAUCAAGAAGAAGCAGCGCGACAUGGCGAUCGAAAAGGCCGCGAAGGAAAUGGAAAACAAGGUCUCCGACCUCGAAAAGAAAAUUUCGUCGCUGGAGCUCGAGAAUCGCUGGUUGAGGAAUUUGCUGGUCGAGAAGAAUUCGGCGGUCGCGGAGGCGGGGAUCAGGAGGGGUGUUUAGGUUUAAUGGGAUAUGAACUUAUGAUGGGGGGUUUAUGGAUAUGGGACAUUGAUUUUACGUUUUUUCUUUUCUUUUUCUUUUGGCGGCUUAUUUUGAGCGAACGUUACGGGACGGAUGGACGGAAUGGCGUA